CGCCCCCCGGUAUCGCGUGGUGGGGAUCAUCCAUAUUGCUGCUAGUGGCGGAGAUCAGCCUGUAAUCCUGAGAGGCCUCGGACACGUUUCUUUAUUUUUGUUUUUUUUACAUGUUUUAACCGAGCGCCCACCGCUCCGCGUCUUCGGCCGAAGUCCCGUUGGUCUGGGAGCCACCGAGGAGCGGCACCACCCCGCCGAGAAACUUCACAUUCCCCCCCCGAAAUCGAAGAGCGAAUUCGGGCCGGGAGAAAGGGGAGGACUGGUAAUCCUGAGGGGGGAGAAGAAAGACGGUGGUGGGAAAUGGCCACUCAGGUGGAGGCUCUCCUGCCCGGCAACCCGCUCGCCAAGGCGGAGGAGCACGGCAAGGUGAUCCGCGGCGAGCCGGAGGAGGAGCGGGGCGACGGGGCCAAGCGGCAGACGGGUGUCGCCGAGCGGGGAAGCAGCAGCGGUGGCAGCCCUGGAGCGGAGGAGCAGACCUCCAAGCGGGCCACGGAGGAGGGCAGAGGCGGAGGUGACAGCGACGACAAGCCGAGCGAGGAGGGUGUUAAAGGCAAGAAGGAGUUUACCGAAGCCCCCCCGCCCAAGGUGAACCCGUGGACUAGGAAAAUGAACGCCGUGACGGUGGUCAGCGUGAACGGACAAGCACACCACGAGUCGACCGGCCCCGCCAAGGUUGUGAAAGCAGGGAACCCGCCCAAAGCCAGACGUGGUGGAAAGGUGGGAGAUUUCGGCGACACCAACAGCUGGCCGACUCCAGGCGAGAUUGCGACUAAAGACAUGCAGAUCGAGGCAGUGACACGGACCGUGUCCUGCCCGCCGACUGUCAGGCAGGUCAGAGACUCGUGGAGAUUCACUGGCCCCAAAAGGACGACGGCUAAGAAGGAGUCGAAGGAGAAGAGGGAGAGCAACGAGGAGAGCAAGGAGAACCUGAAGGCCAAGUCUGACGACUCUGGAGAGGAGAAGAACGGAGACGACGACUCCCAGAAGAACGGGCCGAAGAAAAAAGGAAACAAGCAGAAGUGGGUUCCUCUGAUGAUCGAGGUGAAGUCUGAGGGUCCGAGGGAACGUUCGGCCUCCAGGAACAACAGCCGGCAGAACGAGAACCCCCGUCUGCCUCCCAACGCCAGGAACGACCUCAGAGACUGGCACAGUCAGAAGUACGAGCGGGAGUGGCGCGACGACCACGACGAGGUGUCCAGCGUGAAGAGCGAGGGGGCGCCGUUCCGUGGAGGGUUCAGAGGUCGAGGACGUGGAAGAGGACGAGGCCGAGGACGAGGCCGAGGCGGUGGCAGAGGCCACUAUGACUACCACUACGGCUACAAGUCCUACGACGUGAAGGACGGAUCCUACGGACAGAAGUUCAGCAACUCGGUCACCUACUACUACGACAACAUGAGCAGCAACGACCUGUACUCGGUGGACCAGGACCUGCUGAAGGACUACAUCAAGAGACAGAUUGAGUACUACUUCAGCCUGGACAACCUGGAGCGCGACUUUUUCCUGCGGAGGAAGAUGGACCAGGAGGGCUUUCUGCCCAUCGGACUCAUCGCCAGUUUCCACAGAGUGCAGGCCCUCACCACCGACGUCAACAUCAUCCUGGAAGCUUUGAAGGACAGUAAAGAGGUGGAGGUGAUCGACAUGAAGAUCCGUCGGAAGGUGGAUCCGGAGAAGUGGCCGCUGCCGGGCCUGAAUGUGCCGAACCACACCCACACCGACUUCUCCCAGCUCAUUAACUGCCCCGAGUUCGUCCCAAGACAAGCGACCGAGGAGCCCAGAGGAUCUCCCAGAGCCUCCACACCGGUGCAGCACCAGACCAAGACUGAAUCUGACAUCUCCAACCUCAAGACGAUGCCCAAAGGCCUCUCCGCCUCCCUCCCCGACCUCGACUCAGAGUCCUGGAUCGAGGUGAAGAAGAGGCCCAGACCUUCCCCGGCCAGACCCAAGGUCAGCACGGAGAAGGCGCCCUCAUUGCAGCAGAAGGAAAAAGACGACGUGAUUCGCUCCCCGGUGCCUCAGCCCGGCUCGUCGCCCGUACCUGCUACCUCAGGAAACAAGGACGGAGCAGAACAGGACGAGCCGGAGGAGCUGGACUUCAUGUUCGACGAGGAGAUGGAGCAGAUGGACGGACGCCGCAACACCUUCACCGACUGGUCGGACGAGGAGACGGACGGCGAGAUCGACGACCACGACGUCAACAAGAUCCUGAUCGUGACGCAGACGCCGCCGUACCUGAGGAAGCACCCGGGAGGCGACCGCACCGGACACCACACGUCACGGGCCAAGCUGACCAGCGAGCUGGUCAAAGUGAUCAACGACGGCCUCUUCUACUACGAGCAGGACCUGUGGGACGACACGUACGAGCCGGAGUACGCCACCAUCAAGCAAGAGGUGGAGAACUUCAAGAAGGUCCACUUGAUCAGCCGCGAACAGUUCGACUGCUUGACCCCUGAACCCCCCGUCGACCCCAACCAGGAAGUUCCCCCCGGCCCCCCACGGCCCCAGCAGAUCCCCACAGACGCUUUGGCAAACAAACUCUUCGGCGCCCCCGAACCUUCCUCCACGGCUCGCUCGCUCCCCACUACCGUGCCUGACUCGCCCAACUACCGCAGUGCCCGGACGCCGCGCACUCCUCGAACGCCUCACCGGAAAGACCAGACGAUGACGCCGCGCUUCUACCCGGUGGUGAAGGAGAGUCGGCCUGUCGACGCCAAGACGCCCAGGAAGAGGAAGACUCGGCACAGCUCCAACCCGCCCAUGGAGUGCCACGUGGGCUGGGUGAUGGACUCCAGAGAGCAUCGUUCUCGUACCGCCUCCGUCAGCUCCAACGCCAGCCCGUCAGAGGGAACCCCGGCUCUGGGGAACAUCGGCUGCACGCCUCAGUCCCUCCCCAAGUUCCAGCAUCCGUCACACGAGCUGCUCAAGGAGAACGGCUUCACGCAACACGUCUACCACAAGUACCGCCGGCGCUGCCUGAACGAGCGGAAGCGGCUGGGAAUCGGCCAAUCGCAGGAGAUGAACACGCUGUUCCGCUUCUGGUCGUUUUUCCUGCGAGAUCAUUUCAACAGAAAGAUGUACGAAGAGUUCAGACAGCUGGUGGUGGAGGACGGGAAGGAAGGAUACAGGUAUGGUCUGGAGUGCUUGUUCAGGUACUACAGCUACGGUCUGGAGAAGAAGUUCCGGCCGGACAUCUUUAAGGACUUCCAGGAGGAAACCAUGAAAGACUACGAGGCCGGCCAGCUCUACGGUCUGGAGAAGUUCUGGGCUUUCCUCAAAUACUCCAAAGCCAAGACCCUGGAGAUCGACCCCAAGCUGCAGGAGUGUCUGAGCAAGUUUAAGCGCCUGGAGGACUUCAGAAUUGACCCGCCGAUGGAGGAAGGAGGCCGGAGGAGGCACUCGUCCAGCGGAGACGGUCGCCGCCGGCAUCCCUCCCAGCCCUCCAGCCGGCCCCACAGCCAGACCGGCUCGGGCCCCGCCGACGCCAAACCCAGCAGCCAGAAACCACCCGCCGACCCCCCACACGAUGCCAAGACACUGAAGUAACCCCACGAACACUCGGAUCGACUCGACCACGUCUGCAAGUCGCCGGUUCUCUCUGCGCCAAGGAGGGGGAGGGGCAUCAGCUCUUCACCAAGCAUGAACUUUAUUUUGUUUCUUUUGAGAAAUACGGACGAUGAAUAAUUAAUGCGGCUCGGUUUAUUGAAUCAUUUUAAGAACUUUCUGUCUUAAGGAGGGGAAGAACAGAUGAGGUGUCAAGCACUUGUUUUUCUUUGCGGACGUUUUCCACGCGGUGGACGGCUUCUUCUCCUGUUUCUGUUCUUCAUGUGGACCCCCUCUGACCGUCACUGUCCUGCUGGCUGAAAGACCUUUGAUUCCUCGCCCAGAUCUCAGAUUAAUGAUGAUUAUUUCCUCAGCGUGAGGCGGGAUGGGAGACGUGGAAAUAGUCUGAACACGGCUGAGAAUCUGCCGCGGCCCGCUGGAGGCCGCCACGUUCCCGACAUCCAGCCGGACCAAAGUGGUUUGAACCGAGCGACCGACUUCUCCAUCCGCAGAGCCCCGAGUGCUCAGUAGAGGGGCUGAAAACUACAAACAUUUGAUUCACUUUGUGGCUGGACAUCGAGGGGAAAAUAUUAAAGAACCAAAUGCUUAAAAAAAAAAACGAGAAAGGACUUGUAUGAACCCCUCACUUUGGACAAGAUCAUUGAAAGUUGCCUUAUUUUAAUGGUUUUACUGCUUCUAACUCGUGCCCGCCACCUUAUUGUCGAUUGUACAGCAUCAGAAUCACCGUAUAUCCACCACCGGGGGGCGCUCCGCCUGCCAAGCUGUUGUCCAUCCCCUUCACCUUUUCUCAGCUGUCUUCCAAGUGUCAUUCGGUCUGUUACAAAUCCUGUAUUUCUUCCCCGUGUUUGCUACUCGUGGCUUUUUGUGCUGAAACGCGUCAACCUGAUGGAAGCGUCGCCUUUUCCUCCACCCUUCAAACAAACAGAAAAACGGAAGAAACUAAACGUGAGGUGGAGAGUCAGAAGGGAGAUGAUCUUCCUUUGGGUGCUUCCCGACUUUCCUCCUCCCCGGUCGGACGAGCUGCAUCCAUCCGUACAUCCAUCCAUCCAUCCAUCCAUCCGCCGGCCGUCGGCGACGCUCCAGGACUGGAAUCAUCAAAUCUGGUUUACUUGAAGAAGCGAUGGUGAUUAGAGGGCCGUGGUGCUCCGUCGUGGUGCUCUGGGUGGAGACACUAAAGGCUCAGACUUUUCGGCCUCUGGCUGCUGCUCGACGCUUUCCUCCUCUUCUGGUUCCACAUCAGCUCCAGACGGGUCUGGAUGCGGCAGCGAGCGGCUCGGACCUCCACGUCUCGAAACUCAAGACUGAACAGUUUGUUCCCUCUCUUCCUUCAGUGUGGAUUCUAAAAUCUUUCUCUGACUCCAGAACUGAUGAUAUCAAACUGAAGUGAUUUUUUUCCCUCCUCCACUAAUGUAAAUGUGAAUUUGACAGAUGAAGAGAAAUGAUUUCAGCUCCCUGCUACUUGUUUUAUUGUUGAUAGAACAGAUGAUAUAUUUGCCUUACACGUGUACGUACGCUAACUUUUUUGUUUUUUUUUCUUUAUUUUUUAAAAACGUUCUCAUGUUUAUCUUAAAUGCUUUUUAAUUUGCCGUGUUUCUAGUGUUCGGCUGGAGGCGAAGCUCACAAAAGGGAACGUUGACAUCAGGUCCUCAGUGUAAAAAAAAAAAAAAAUCUGUCAGCUGAUAGCGUUUCAUGUUGAAAUCGGUUCACUUUCAGCCUAAUUGAGAGCAGCAUUUCCACUUCCAACCUGCGGCCUCCAGUUCUAGUAGUUUGUGUUCAAAGUCUAGAAGAAAAAAAUCUGAAAAACAAUUUUCAUUUUUUGGGUUUGAAUUGAAUGAGAUCACGAGUCUUAAAACAAAUGAAAUGAACUCUUUUCCGCUGUUUGUUGCCUCUUUUUUUUUGCUAGAGUCGCGUCGUCGAGAGACAAUUUUGAGGAAUUAGUUGGAAAAAUCGUGACGCUUAGAGGAAACUGUGCCUGUUUUUCUUUUGAGGAUUCGUGUUUCUCUGUUCCGGAGGCGGAUUGUCCUGUCGGUGUUUUUUCGAUUCUUCCUCUAAAUCCAGAAUUUGUUGGACGUCAAAAGGCAAAGUGAAGCUUUUUUUUUUUUUUUUUUUCCCCUUUAAUCUUUCGUUGGUUUAUCUUCAGGGAGAUUUGGAUCAGUCGAUGCAUCAAAGUGUUUACUGGAGGGGAAAACUAAGAGCUACGACACAUUCAGAACAGAAAACGCUUUUUUUUCCUCGGAUCCUCCCUCUAAUGUGAUCAUCGCCUCCCUGUCACUGGACAUUUCAGGGGGAUUCGGGUGGUUUUUUUGGGGGGAGUUUUCAGCCUUCUCUAUCAGCGUUGAACUGCUGCUAGCUGUCCAAAUGAACUCUAGGGGGCGCCGCCUGCUCCGACUCGGACGUAAAGACGGACAGCGGAGGAACGAAAGAUGGACAUGGGGAAGGAAAGGAGGAGCGGAAAAAGGAAAGAGAGGAAGAGCCCGACUGGGGUUUGCGAUGUUGUUCAGAGGAAUAUGGCUGGUUACGAUGUCUGGAGACUGAAAAAAAACUUUGAAAAAAAAAAGGACAGAAUUCCAUAAAGCCAUAUGAAUAAGAAAUAACUGUAUAUGAACCAUUUAAAUAGUUCAUUACAUUACAAUAUCCUAGGCUUGUCACGAGGAAAAAAAGAUGAAAACGAGGAAAAAAGGAACAAAAAAAUAUAUAAAAUGGAAAAAUGUAAAAUACUUGAAUGAGAUCUUGUAUUAUAACAUUUAAUAUUCAUAAUAUCUGCUUUGUAGGCUGACGUGAUUCGCUAUUAGUGUUAUUUGUAAUUUGUAGUAAUUAUGCUUUUCCUUAAUAAAGAAAAAAAAACACAAAAUGGACAAAAAAACCUCAA